AAAUAAAAAAUAAAAAUAGGAGUAAAUUUUUAUUAUUUUAUUUUCAUUGUCUCUCCUAUUAAUUUUCCGAUCAUAAUCACACACUCCAACAAUCACACAGAGACACAGAGAAAUGGAGAAGAUUGUGACUUUGAGAUCUUUGUAUCGCUCGAUCGGUUUCAGAUCUCUGAGUUUUUCUGCCUCCGCCUCCGCCAACCAAAGCCACCUCCGCCAUGGGCUCCGCUACUUGCAUCUCUCUCCCUCUUCGCUCCCAACCUCUCCGAAACGCUUCCCUUCUGAUUGCCGGCCUUCUUUUGCAAUGGGCAUUGGAAGUAAACGCUAUUUUAGCGAAGAUGUGACCCACUUGCCUGACAUAAAAGACCCCGAAAUUCAUAUUGUCUUUAAAGACUUAAUGGCUGCAAGUUGGGAUGAGCUCCCAGAUACUCUCAUCCAUGAUGCGAAGAAGGCAUUAUCUAAAAAUACUGACGACAAGGCUGGCCAAGAGGCCAUGGCAAAUGUGUUCCGUGCCGCUGAAGCUGCUGAGGAGUUUAGUGGGAAGCUUGUAUCAUUGAGGAUGGAAAUUGAUGACUGCGUUGGAUUGAGUGGCGAGAAUGUAAAGCCCUUGCCGGACAAAUUUGUGAAUGCACUACGUGUAGCCUAUCAACGCUACACUGCAUAUUUGGAUGCAUUUGGUCCGGAUGAGGUCUAUCUGAAGAAGAAAGUUGAAACUGAGCUAGGAACAAAGAUGAUACACUUGAAGAUGAGGUGCAGUAAUCUUGGUUCCGAGUGGGGGAAGGUUACAGUUCUUGGGACAUCUGGACUUUCUGGUUCUUAUGUUGAACAAAGAGCAUAGUUUUGGAAGGACAGCUAAGAGCAUCGUAUCUUCAUGGUUUUUCCGCGUGUGGAUCUUUAUGCAUUUCUGUUCCUCUUUUGGACAACCUACAUAUGCUUUCGGUUCUUAUUCUGUCAAACAUAAUUUCAGAUUGCUCUGAUGCUUUCUGUUAGCAAGUUUUCGGGGAUAUUGGAAAACUUAUGUAACAAAACUUCUUUGUUUUUUUUUACAAGGGAUUGAAGUGUUCAUUCCUCCA